CUUCCUUUAAAACUAACAUCAUGACAUGUACAUUCUGAGUGCACGAUAUUACAGAGGACACUAUAUUUUUACUUAAGGAACUGUUCACCAAAAUGUGCAGCAAAAAUGCAGCCAAUGUGGAGGAAAUGCACACAGGUUACCUGUACAAGUCCCCUCCUGCUGUUUUCAUAAAAAACCUGAUAUCAUGGAAGCGUCGCCUUUUUGUGCUUGUCAAGACAAGCGACAGCAACUUUGAGCUAAGAUAUUACAGAAAUAAUGAGAAAAAAACACUUAUAAAAUCCAUAGAUGUUUCCACCAUUACAGAACUUGAUUGCCCUAAAGAGCAUCCUUUUACUGAAUGGAUCUGUAAAGCCUUCAAGUGUAAUCCAUCCUAUGUACUGUUCAUGAAGGCAGAAAAUCCUAAAGACAAGGUUCAAAGAGAGUAUUUCUUCAUAGGAGAAACCAGUGAAGAAGCAGAUGGAUGGUUCAAUGCCUUACUCCAGGUGCAAAAGUAUAACAAAUACAGCACCGACUCUGAACCACAAAACACAACUAAAUUAUAUUCAAGACAGCAGAUUAGUUCUACAUCACAACCUGUACCACUAAACAUUAAUGAACCCAAGUCUACUGAUGACAACUCAGACGAUAGUGAUCAGGAUGGAGGUGAUCGUGUACCACCACUGCCCCCCAAAAGGAUAUCAGUACAUGAAUUUGGCAAAACUGAGACCCAUAAAUGUGACCAACAACACAGGAGGCACCCAUCCAUAUUAGAGGUGGAAGUGGAUCAUACUGCAGAGGAAAGCAGCAAAGACAACAAAUUAUCAUCAGGGAAAAGGGCUACCGCUACUGAAGAAAGUCUUCUAGAUUGUGUCACGAAAGCUUUUAAUAAUAUGCACACACACCAAAAAUCCGAUGAGGGGGAAGAAACUCUGAGUGAAACACAGACCCCUGUUAAGGAGAUCUGUUUACGUCUUGAUGAUCUCGCCAGCUUGAAAUUAACAGAUGAAGCGGGAAAACCAUGUGUAUCUGAAUGCAAGCAGACUGAGGUCACAUGUCUACUCCAUAAGGGGGAUCAGAUCCUGGCUGUCAAUGACCUGCGAACAGACACAGCAGAGGAAGUAAAGACAUAUCUGGGAAGGAUUAACGGGCAUGAGGUGAAACUGACAAUUCAACAACACCCAAAUUCUAACCCUUUGCACUCUGAAGAAACCGAGGACAUUGUUUAAAUGACCUGAUCUUAUUUUGGGGUACACAUCUGCUCUGCCGUAAUCAAUUUUUUAUUAUUUUUUAUGAAAAUGUUUAUGUUUAGCUAUUAUGUAUUAGAUACAUUUUAAGUGGGUAUCUUGUGAGGUCCUUGUAUGUGAAAUAAACAAUCUUUGUUUUUGUUUGUUA